AUGGGGGACUGGAAUCUUCUUGGAGGUGUUCUGGAGGAAGUCCAUGUCCACUCCACCAUGAUUGGGAAGAUCUGGCUCACCAUCCUGUUCAUAUUUCGAAUACUCGUUCUGGGUGUAGCAGCUGAAGAUGUCUGGAAUGAUGAACAGUCUGGCUUCAUCUGCAAUACACAACAACCAGGCUGCAGAAAUGUAUGCUAUGACCAGGCCUUUCCUAUCUCCCUCAUUAGAUACUGGGUUCUGCAGGUGAUAUUUGUGUCUUCACCAUCCCUUGUCUACAUGGGCCAUGCUUUGUACUGUCUGAGAGUUCUAGAGAAAGAGAGGCAGAGGAUGAAGGCUCAGUUAAGAGGAGAACUAGAGUGGGUAGAGUUUGAAAUGCCUGGGGAUCGGAGGAGACUGGAGCAAGAGAUUUGUCAGCUGCAGCAAAGGAAAUUAAAUAAAGCUCCACUCAGAGGAACUUUGCUUUGCACCUAUGUGAUACACAUUUUCACUCGCUCUGUGGUUGAAGUUGGGUUCAUGAUUGGACAGUACCUUUUAUACGGAUUUCACUUAGAGCCUCUAUUUAAAUGCCAUGGCCAUCCGUGUCCAAAUAUAAUUGAUUGUUUUGUUUCAAGACCAACAGAAAAGACAAUAUUCCUCUUAUUUAUGCAAUCCAUAGCCACUAUUUCAGUUUUCUUAAACAUUCUAGAAAUUUUCCAUCUAGGUUUUAAAAAGAUUAAAAGAGGGCUUCGGGGACAAUAUAAAUUGAAGGAUGAAUAUAAUGACUUCUAUGCAAACAAGUCAAAACAAAAUCUAGCCAAAUAUCAUAGCACAUCUCCAAAUUCACUGAAGCGACUCCCUUCUGCACCUGAUUAUAAGCUGUUAGUGGAAAAGCCAAUGCACACAACAGUGUACCCUUCUGCAUUUCAGGCAGAUCCUGACAAUCAAAGUGUAAAUGAUGAGAAAUGCAUUUUGGAUGAACAGGAAACUGAUUCUAAUGAGAUGUACACACCUAGAACAACCUGUAGUCAUCUUCAACACACCAGCUCAAACAAUAACAAAGACACUCAUAAAAUAUUUGGAAAAGAAGUUAAUGGUAACCGGUUAAUGGAAAAAAGAGAAACUGAUGGUAAAGACAGCAAAAGGAACCAUUACUCUAGGGGUCGCUGUCCUUUUCCAGGUGGUGCUGUAGAUCUUUACAACCAUAUGGGGCAUUCACCCCAAACAGCUUUCUCCUUGCCAGCUAACUGCACCUGGAAACCAAGGUGGUUUAGUGCUACGUGGGGUCCCUCUAUAGAAGAUGAAAACCAGGGGUCACCUCCUAAUGGUAACCUCAAGUGCCAGUUAAGAGAGGGCACAAUCAGAAGCCUUCCUUCACAGGGACACUCCCAACCACCUGACAUUCCAAUAACUUCUGAUUCUUUGGGAGAGUUGUCCUUUGAGCCCAAGUUUGUCAGAACUUCUAAUAAUCCUACUAUUUGUCCACCAAAUCAUCUAGUGUCCCUGACGAACAACCUCAUGGGUAGGCGGAUUUCCACAGACCUUCAGAUCUGA